UAAUUCAUUACACUUUUUGUUUGAUUAAACAUUCAUUUAUUUCAAUUGUCUUUUGUUUCUUUUCUGAAUUAAUACAACAGCUGAAACAUGAGUUCCCAGAAGCAUAGACGAACAAAAAAGAAGCAAAAGCUUAGUACUUCAUCCUCAUUGAGAGUCACAAGUAUUGCUUUAGACACUGACUAUACAGAGCUGAAGUUGGAGGAUUUUACCACUGCGAAGUCAUUAAGUCAGCUUCGAUCCUCAAAAUCGAUGCAAAAAGUUGGGGAUGUACCAAAGGAUGGCAAGAAAAAACACAAGGCGCGAGUGCCAACUACGACAGAGAUAGAGAUCAAAGUAAAUAAAACGAAUAAAGUGAGUAAGAAAAAGAAACCCAAAGCGAAUGCAGCGAGUCAAGAAACUAAAUCAAGUAGUGAGACUCGAACGAGUAGAAUCAGUACAGCGAGUAGACAGAGCGAAGGAAGUCGAAAUAGCCGGGAGAGCAAAGUGGAUAGCAAAGCGAGUAAAGCGAGCACCAAGAGCAAAAUGAGUGAGAACAGCAAAGAGAGCAAAGAAAGUAAGAAAAGUAAAGAGAGUAAAGAGAGCAAGGAGAGCAGAGUUAGCGUGGAGAGUAAAAAUAAAAGUAGCCGAGAGAGCAGGUUGAGUUUAGGCAGCCAGGCGAGUCACGCCACUCGAAUGACGAGAGCGAGUUUGGACCGAUUGCAAAGCAGAGGAAGUCGAUCGAGUUUAAUAAGUAUAUCGAGCAGAGAGAGUUACGCCACAUUACAAAGUAGAAGCAGUCAGUUUCGUCGAUCCUCGACCGUAUCCAGACAGAUAAAAGCCUACGCAAGUGCUCACAUGAUAAAGAGCAGAGCUACCACAGACAGCAGUCAAAUGUCGACACCGAGGAAAACCAAUCGUCGCAUGUCGCCGAUGAGUCCGCGAUCUUUGACACUCGUUGAAGUUACACCGCUGAGAAAAGCUAAGAAAUCGGAAAAAGUGGUGGAAGAAGCAAAGCCAAAACCUGUCGAGGAAGAAGAGGAAGAUAUUUUGCACUUUGAUGACACGUCGGAAACGUCGCAAGUCGAUACCAUAGAGUACGUUGAAGAAGCCGAGGAUAUUGCUAUACGCAGACUAAUGAUGGAGAUGCUAACAAUGCCCGAUAUCAACGAGUUGUCCGAGACGAGUUUGCCGAUAACGCCCAAAGAAGAAGAAGAACAACAAAUAAAAGAAGUGAAACAGAGGCAAAUUGAGCCAGGACUAGAAAUUGAAGAAUCUUUAGAAACUGAAGAUAUUGAGGAAGCUGAUGAAGAGGAGGAAUCUGACAAAGAGUCGAUCAGCUUUGCUCCAGUCAGUCAUCACUCGCUGAGUUUCCUAAAUCUUUCCAGUCUGAGCUCAUCUGAACAUACGCUCUUCAUGGUGCCAUCUCCGCAGGAUAAUGAAUCGAUGUUCUCGAAUAUUACACAACAACUGAACGCAGUUAAGGUUCGAGGCAGUCAGGUGGAUUUCGUGGAAGCCUCCGAACUGGAGAGUCGCAAUCUCAUCAAAAGUAUUUGCCUGCAAUUUAUGGAGGAGGCCAUCACACGCACUGUCGCCAUGUGUGAGGCCCCCUCCAGGAAAUUGCUGCAACGACUUGAUAAGCUCAAAAUGUGGAAAAAGUUGCGUAAACUAUUCAUUCACAUCACCGAUGAGAGCGCAGUACGCGAGAAACUUUUGAAAUGGACUACGGAGCAUUUUUUGAGAAAAAAACGUUACGUCUUUAUACGCAAAUCGAAAAAGAAAUUCGAUGAGAUCAAUUAUCAGCGUUUUCACAGUGCCCUCGUUGAGUUGGAUAGACAGCUGGAAAUCGAACAGCAGACGAGUGAAAAGACUGAAUAUCAAAUAUCGAAAUUGAAGCAACAGCACAUAGAAAGGGAAGAGUAUUGCAAUCGUCGGCUGAACGAAUUUGAGAGCAUCGUGCGAGAAACUUUGCUGCACAACGAUAGUUUUGCGCAUCUGACGAGCUCCGUGGAUAAUCUGCUGACGACAAUGAACAAGGUGCGCAAUGAAGUCUCCGAUCUGAGACUGGAACUGCUUUAUGCUCAACAUCGAUUUGCAGAUAUGAUAAUUAAAUCCGAAGAGCUGGAAGAUCUGGGAGAUGGUCUGAAAAUGCGAGAGUUUCUCAUUCGCCAAGCGGACACACAAGUGCUUACCUUGAAAAUUGAAGAGCGCAACAGUGAUCUCAAUCGCCUGCAUACGAAAUGCAACGAUGAUGUUCAUGCUUUGGCCCAUUUGAAGAACAAGGAACACAUGUGGCGCCAUACACAUGAGCGAAAUGUGAGACAUCUGCAGGAUUGCAUCGAUAGGAAUACGAAAUUUCGCGAGCAGAUUUAUCGGGGGAAACUCGAGCAUAAUGCCAUCAGUCGAGAGAUUAGCAAAUUGAGAUUCGACGGCGGUCUCAUGCAGUAUCCGGCGUUGCUUGAAGACUUUGAUCAGACUGUCAGCGAUUUGUAUGCAAAACGCAAAUCGGUCGAGAAGCUGCGAAACACGCACAAGAGUCUGCUUAAUCGCAUUCGUUUGGCCGAGCAGCUUGCUGACGCGGUGUCUAGGCGAAAGAGUAUCAAAUCAACGGGGAGUAUCCGAAAAUCAACAUUAUUAGAAGCCGCCGAUUUAGCCAAACAAUUGCGAAUCAGCGCAUUAUCAAAAUAAUUAAUAUAAUCGUUAUAUGAAUUAUAUUACUAUUUAUUCACUUUUUU